CCGAAUGCACUCGGGUUUCAAAAGUUUCAAAAAUUUUACGAGAAAACUAGUGGGUAUUCGCCUAUGCAGCGAGACAUAAAUAGGUUGGAAAAUGCGAUAGAUUCAUAAUUGGCGUAGGAGUGUACUAAAAAAGUUUAUCAGCGCAAUGUAAUCACUUAUCAUCGUGCUAAGCGAAUCUUGGUAUAUAUGUGAAGAUUCGGAACUAGUAUUAUUCUACGAGUGAUAGCUUCAAGUGCUCAACUGUUUGAUAAAUAAGACGUCUUUGUCAAAAAUGUCUUCUGACGCUGGUGAACAACUUUACAACAAAAUUGACACGUUCGUGUUCUUUGAUUUGGAAACAACGGAUUUGAUAAAAGGCUCUUUGAUGCCGAGAAUCCUGGAAUUAUCAAUGGUGGCUGUAUCCAGAAAUUCAUUGCAAUCUGAUAAGAGAAACAGAAUGGCAUUGCCUCGCGUAAUGCAGAAGCUCACACUGAUUUUCAAUCCGAUGCAACCAAUCAAUUAUCAUGCUUCAAUGGUUUCAAACUUGUGGAUCGAUAAUUUGCAAAGCUUGAAACCAUUCGAUCAAAAUGCUUACAACACAAUAAUGGAAUUUCUCAAUAGAUUACCAGGUAUAAUUUGUUUUGUUGCGCACAAUGGCAGGAACUUUGAUUACCCAGUAUUUUUAUCAGAACUUGAAAAAAUUCAACAAAAUAUACCAGACAGCAUCUUAUGUGUGGAUUCCUUUGAUGCCUUCAAAGAAUUUUUCACUGAUGCACCAAAUUUACCAGAUCCACCAAUGGUACCACAAGGUUACGAUGAAGUGGAUGAAGAAGAAAUGGAAAGAAUGAAUCACUCAAAUAUAUCAAUUGAUGAUAAUUGGGAUGGUGCUUUAUGCAUGGCAAUGGAUGCAUAUGAACUCAAUUCUCCUGGAAAUAUGGAGAUCACUCGCAGAGAAACAUGUUCCAAUAAUUCAGAUGGUAAGGAUGUAUUAGAUGCUAUUACAAAUAAAAGUUCAGAGGCAAACACUUCAAAUAGUACACCAGCAAAAUCAAAUACUUCAAAUAACAUGCAAGAAUUGAAUGAAACUACACCUUCAAAUCAAAUGAUUAGAUCUUCUAUGAAUUCUGCUCUAACACCCUGUAAAAAGUUAAAUAAUGCUAGAAGAGUGUUAAAUUAUGGUAAUACAAAGCCAAAAAAUUUUAAGCUUUGUUCAUUGCAUGAGUACAUGACUGGUCAAGAAGCUGAAAAUCAGCACAGUGCUGAAGGUGAUUGUAUUAGUAUGUUGCGAUGCAUGUGUCAAAUGGGUAUUUAUUUUGCUGAAUGGGCAGACUCAGCAGCUGUGUCAAUGAAUUACAUUAAAAAAACACGUCAAUUAAGGAUGACAUAAAACAAAAUCCUAAUCAUGGAACUAUUCUAAAUUUAACUAGUACAGUUAUGAAGAAUUUUAUAAGUAUUUAAAAUUUUUUAAAAAUAAUUUUAUAAAUGUGAUGAAACGAGAUUAUAAAAAUCUAUUAAGUAUGGAGAGAAGUUUAUAAGAUUUUAAAAUUAUUAUAUUAAGUCAUGAGUUUACACUCUGGUUGACACCAAAAUCUAUAUUAGUAUGGAAACAAUUAUAUUUUUGCACGAAUUAAAAAUACUUUGAUCCUAUAAUUAAUCAUAAGAAAUAAUAUUCUCAACUAAAAAUAAACUAUACGAAUACAAGCAUGAAAACAUGUAUUAAUAUUUUAUAAUGUAAUUAUAAAAAGAUGUUUAUCGACGUAAAUUGACAAAAUAUAUUAAGACAAAAAUAA